UUUUUUUUCAAAAUUGAAGUCUUCUUAUUUCAAGCUCAAUAGAAAUAAACUAAAAAAAUGACUGAUUUUAAAUCCAAUCACGAAUUUGAAAAGGAAUUGAUGAAAUGGAACAAUCGUUUUAUAAAAAUCAAAGAAACUUUUUAUCCACAUUUUGGCAGGACAAUUGUAACUGAAAAAUUCUAUUCCAAACAUGAUUCAUUGAAAAGUAGCGAUGCAAAAAAAUCUAACGUUCAUGGUUAUAUGGAUGAAAUUGGUAAACGGCAAGUUUCAGGACCAAAGCAAAUUUAUGAUAAACCAGCUACGGAAAAUCAAAUGUAUGGAUGGCUUGCUGAUAAAGCAUUUGUGUAUGAAGAUGAAGACGAUAUUGAAUUGUUUUGUAGAGGAAGAAAAAUCGAUCCAAAUAUUAAAGUUCAAAUGGAAAUUAAUGUGGGAAUACAAAGAGAUCGUAAUUACAAUAUGCUGAUAUAGAAUAGUAAAAUUAAUUAAUUAAUUGAAUAUAUCCUUUGCACCUCUAUUUACGACUUUCGGAUGGUGGA